CCGAACCUUCCUUUCCUCCUCUUUCUUCUUCCCUCCCCGAGCUCCUCUUCCUCUUCUCCUCUUCUCCCAUGAAAUUGGGAGGCGAGCUCGAGAGGCGCUCGGGAGGAGGCCGGCCCGAGGCCGGUGACGCUACGGCCAACCGGCGGCAGCUACGGCGGCCGUGGCCCCUCCUGCAGUGGCCGCGGCCCAAAUGGCCGCUCUCCUCCACCUCCAGUGGAAGAGAUGGGGUGCGGCACCCAUCGAGGAGCAACGAGGCCCAGCCGAAGCCAGGGGUGCUCGCGUGGUGCACGGCCGAUGUCUGUGGUCGGCCGGAUGGCGUCCGCAGUGCACUGAGCCGGCGGCACCCACGGUCAACAGGGAAAUCUCCCUUUGGCCGUCUUCUCCGAUCCCCUCCGGCGAAGAUCACACCGGUUCCACCCCUGGAAACCAGAUCUAUCCGAGCCGAGGGCCCUUCCGUGCAUCAAAGGGAGUUGCAUACGUUUUCCCCGUUCUCGUUUUUGCUUCACUUGCUAUUGGGGUCUUGUCAGGUCCAACUUACAACGUUGCAGGCUACGGAGCCAAAGGAGAUGGCAGAAUGGAUGACACCCUGGCAUUCAUGGCUGCAUGGAAUGCGGCAUGCACGGAUUCUAAAGCUCGGACUUCCGUCCUUGUACCUGCGGGGAAGACAUUCUUGCUGAGUGCAGUGUCCUUCAAGGGGCCUUGCAAAUCUUCUAUCCAUGUACAGAUUGAUGGAACUAUCUUGGCACCCAAUAAAACUUGGAUAUUAAAGAAAGGAGUCUGGAUCGACUUUAUGUUCAUUAAGGGUCUAACCAUUAAUGGAUCGGGCGUGAUUGAUGGUCAAGGCGCCAUUUGGUGGCAUUGUAGAGCUCAGAAGCAAUGUGCAAGAGCGCCCGUGGCCUUCUAUAUUGGAAGUUGCACGCACGUCCGGCUGACAGGCUUAAGUUUCAAGAACAGUCCCAUGAUGCAUGUAUGCAUACACAACACUGUUGGUGCCAAUCUCACCAAGCUCAACAUAUCAGCUCCUGCAGAUAGUCCAAACACAGAUGGCGUGCACAUCGAAAGAAGCCAAGAGGUGCAAAUCACUCAUUCUACCAUCGGUACAGGAGAUGAUUGCAUAUCCAUUGGAAACGGCACUUACAACAUAAAUAUCAGUCGGAUAGACUGUGGUCCAGGCCAUGGCAUAAGUAUUGGAAGCCUGGGUAGAGACGGCUCCAUAGCACAAGUAGAGCAAAUUCAUGUUUCCUCCUGUAAUUUCUACAACACUACCAAUGGUGCAAGAAUAAAGACAUGGGUGGACGUGGUUAUGCAAAAGGGAUAUUGUUUAGGAAUAUCACUAUGUUUUCGACAAGGAGGCCCAUAAUAAUAGAUCAAUAUUAUUGCGAGCAUGGCAACAACUGUGCCAACAAGGUAAAACGUCCACCUUUUCAAGAAUGUAGCAAUGCAGCAAUCAAUAUGAACAUGACAUCACUUCCUGCUUGGUGAGUUGCAACGAUCUCUUAUUCUUGCAUCGACCACACAGAAGAGCAUAUAUGAAGAAAAAUAGUUGCAAUGCAUGUAGAUGCUUCACAUCUCAAGGUGUGCAUGGGUGUAGCACUCCUCGCAACAAAAUUAAUGAUUGGAAAAAACAAGAUAUAUAGUUGCAAUAUAACUUCAUAUCUUGGUUCUGGUGGUUGUACAAAUUUUUCUAAAUCACUUGGUUUGUUUUCCUUUGUUGCAUUCGAUGGGGAUGAAGACGUCGGCCGUUCAAGUGAGCGAUGUGCAAUUUGACAAGGUUGCAGGAUCAUCAGCUGAUGAUAAAGCCAUUGUUCUAAGGUGCAGCAAAAGCAAAGCUUGCACAGACAUUACAUUGGCGAAUGUAAAUAUCACAUCUGCAAACCCUAAAGAGCCAGCAACAGCCUUCUGCUUUAAUGUACAUGGAAAAAUAAACGGUACGGUAAUCCCUGCACUCGCCAGUUUCGACGGGCAAUGAAGUUACUGCUUCUUGGAAAGCCAUCACUUGUAUCAACAGAGAUCAUGAUUGACCGAAGGUCUCUAUAAUGCAAUCACUUUGUAAAUGCAAUAAUGUAAAUGAUAAAUGAAAUAACUUGCGGGGAAAAUAAAGAAAUGACUCUUGUUUGGUUGGAGCUUAAAAAAAAAAAA